CAAGUGACACACUCUGUGAUAAGUACCCCGCCCCUGGAACCGAGAAAACGACGUUGGUGACUCCGCAAUUGGCGUUGGCUUGCUCUUUGCUUUGCGGGCGCAACUUUCUUUCGUGGCUUCGGGACAGAAUUGAGAAAGGUAUAGCCACAGGAGCCGGGCCGAAACCGUCACAUCCUUCUGAGCUAUGCAAAAUAAUUAAUAUUAAAAAGUUCUGAGCUGGACACGAUGAGCGCGUCCAAGGACAAGAAGGGCGGAAUCAAGAUUCUGGGCGUGGAGAACGUCUCGCCGCCGAAGGAAUCGUCGCGCCCCGCCACACGCAUGAAGCUGCUAAACGAGGCUGCAGCAGCAGGAGCCGCUGCUCCGUCAUCGUCAGUCUCCCCAACCAAGACGGAAAAGCGCAAUAGCGGCGGGGGCGGGGGAUCCCGCAUCAAAAUACUCAAUGACGAAGCACUAGGCCUGCCAAAGACCGAGAAACGAGGCUCCACAUCCAAGACCAGUCCACGCAACACCACCGCCAGCUCCACCUCUGUGAAGAUCCUAAAUGUAAAGCGCCCUGCCUCCACCAACGUCAUCACACCCCUAGAAACCAAGAUUCGCGCCUCACCCAGCAAGAAGCAGAAGAGUGAUCACUACGUGCUCCAAGCAGUCAAGUUGGAGAACAGCAAGCAGCAAGCAGUCACCACGGCACACCGUGCGGCGACGUCGGAAAACGAGGAGACAGAGACCAUUGCCUUCAUACUGGCGGACGACGACGAGGUGGUUCCCGGCACGUUAGAACGCACGAAUGGUCAGGAGGAGAUCGUAGUAACCGAGAACGAUGAGGAAGAGGAGGAGGAGGAAGGCGGCGAUGCUGAUAAAGACGAGGCUGGCAAGGGCGGAAUGAAGGAGAUUGUGGAGCAUGUGUGCGGCAAGUGCUACAAGACUUUCCGGCGCAUCAAGAGCUUAACGAAGCAUUUGGAGUUCUGUCGCUAUGACAGUGGUUACCAUUUGCGCAAGGCGGACAUGCUCAAGAAUCUGGAAAAGAUCGAGAAGGAUGCAGUGGUGAUGGAAAAGAAGGAUAUCUGUUUCUGCUGCAGCGAGAGCUACGACACCUUCCAUUUGGGCCACAUCAACUGUCCGGACUGCCCAAAGUCGUUCAAGACGCAAACCAGCUACGAGCGGCACAUUUUCAUCACCCACUCGGAGUUCUGUGACUUUCCCUGCUCCAUCUGCAAUGCCAACCUGCGCAGCGAGGCGUUGCUGAAGCUCCAUGAAGAGCAGCACAAGUCGCGUGGCAAGCCCUACGCCUGCAAGAUCUGCGGCAAGGAUUUCACGCGCUCCUAUCACCUGAAGCGCCAUCAGAAGUACUCGGCCUGCUCGGCCAAUGAAACCGAUACCAUGAGCUGCAAGGUCUGCGAUCGCGUCUUUUAUCGUUUGGACAACCUGCGAUCGCACUUGAAGCAGCAUUUGGGCACGCAGGUGAUGAAGAAGCCGGAGUACAUGUGUCACGUUUGCAAGAAUUGCUUUUACAGCCUUUCCACACUCAACAUUCACAUACGCACACAUACGGGGGAGAAGCCCUUUGAUUGCGAUCUUUGUGAGAAGAAGUUCUCCGCCUUGGUGGCCCUCAAGAAGCAUCGUCGCUAUCACACGGGCGAGAAGCCCUACAGCUGCACUGUGUGCAACCAAGCCUUUGCUGUGAAGGAGGUGCUCAAUCGCCACAUGAAACGGCACACGGGCGAGCGUCCGCACAAGUGUGAGGAGUGUGGCAAGAGCUUCAUCCAGGCCACACAGCUGCGCACGCAUUCCAAGACCCACGUUCGUCCCUUUAGCUGUGAUCAGUGUGAGGAGAAGUUCAAGACGCAGAAGCAACUAGAGCGCCAUGUGAAGGAGCACUCCUCCCAGAAGCGCCCCGUCUUCUCUUGCACCGAAUGCAAGCGCAAUUUCCGCAGCACAGCUCAGCUCAAGGAGCACAUGGAUGUGGGCGUUCACACACCCAAGCCCACGCGUGCCACCAAGCGCUCGCCCGCCAAGGUAAUGGAGCGCACGGAUUGCGCCAUUUGUGACAAGAACUUCGAUAGCUGCGAAACUCUUCGCCGGCACAUCCGCACUGUCCACGAAUGCGAUCCGGAUGACAUCUUUGGUGUGGAUCCGCUAACUGCCAAGCGCGGCAAGAGAGCCAAAUUGGCGCCAGUGGAAGAGCAGGAACAGGAUGCCGAGGAGAUUGUACCAGUGGCGCUGAAUACUUCAGCGGGUUCGUUGAUUUCCAGCCAAACUGAUGGCAAUGGCGUGGUGGUGCGUGAGUAUCUUGUGGACGAGACCGAUGAGUCGGCCGCCCAGACCAUUACCCUGGAGAACGAGACAUAUACGAUUCUCCCGCUGGACAUUGAGGGCGAGCAGCUGACGGAUGAGACCUCGGUGGGAGUGAAGCCUGAGGGCAAAAAGGAAGAAGGUGGCCUGAAGGUCUCGCCGGUGGUCAAAAAGGAGAAGCGUAAGUCGUUGGCUGCCAGCUUGGCGGCUGCCAUCGCUGAUAAUCUAGAGGAGGAGCCAUCCAGCGAGGACGAUGCCAGCGGCGAAGUCCUAACCGAGGAGGACCUCAGGCUUAAGGAAAACAUUGGCAAGCUGAUCGACAUGCUGGUGGAUCCGCCCAUCUUGAAGAAGUAUGGCUGGCCCAAUGCCCCCGAGGAGACAGUGCUCUGCAAGGUGAUCGAGAACUGCGGCCAUGAUCUGACCAAAGGUACUGAGAACUACGCGGAGUUGGACUACGGCAGCCGAAUGCGCGAGUACUGCAAACUGCUCUUCACCGUGGUCAUACACAACGACUCCAUCAAGUCGCUGCUCAACAACUUUCCCAUUGACGAUGUCAUCGAGUAUGUGCUGGGCGAUGAGGAUCAGGAGGAUGGCGGUGGCUUGGGUGGCAUGGGUAAGGACGACGAAGAAGGAGAUUCGGAGGGGGAUGAAAAAAGUAAAGCGAAGAAGCAGAAAAAGUCGGAAACAAUCAUAGAUGAUUUGGAUUCUGACGAGGAGAUGGAGGAAACGGUCGAAAAAGACAAGGACACAGCUGAAAAAGAAGGAAAAAAGGCUGGAAAAAAGGCUUGAAAUAGCCCCCUGUUUAGCACAAAAAGGAUAUCGGAAUUAAGGAAACUGAAAAAGGGUUUGCCUUGAUUUUUGGCUAAGAUAGUUUACCUUUUAAGCAUGUUUUUGGGUUCAAACACCAAGUGGCCUUAGAUAAGUAAGUAUUACCGCCUGUUAUUGCGUUUUGCCUUUGAAAACCUGCAAAUUUACAAAUUAACCCAAUCAUUUAUAGGAUUUUUGAUAUUAUUGUACACAUUUAAACACAUUUUUACGGUUUCGAUUAAUUUUACCAGGAGUAAUACGAUAAUUAUAAUAUUGCUAAUUUUAUAAAGACCUUGUAUUGCAAAUUACAAUAUUAAAUGGUGGCACAGAAAAUGUGCCAGAAAACUUUAA